AUGAUUGACACAUAUUCCCCUGUUCCUAUAUUUCCUGAGGGUAUCAUUCGACCUAUUCCUCAGUUCCCGGGAGCAAUCCCGUCAGUUCUUCAAUUUCCAAUUGCUGUCCCAAGUGUCACUCAACCUCCGCCGCCGCCCGAACCUAGCGCAUCGGUUCCUCCUGAGCCGCAACCAGAAGAUUCUGAAGACCUGGGAAGCUGUAAAAUAUGUUACCACCGAGCAGAUGGUAUUCAUUUCUCAGUGAUGUCAUGCAGAGCGUGUGCCGCUUUUUUCCGUCGAACUGUCAUUUUGAAGUUGUAUUAUUUGUGUAAAGAUAAAGGAAAAUGCAAAGUGGAUAGAUCGCUUCGUAAUUUGUGCCGUAGCUGUAGAUACACGCGAUGCUUAAAUGAAGGGAUGAAAAUAGAACUGGUUCAGUUGCAGAGGGAUUCAAUUGGAAAAAAGAAGAACCAAGGGAGUUCUUCCGUAGAUUCCUUGUUCACCCCGAAUGUGGCCUCAUCUCUCAGUGCUGUUUUCAAAAAAAGCGAUGAAAAAGAGGAGUCAUUGACAGCUUCAUGCACUAUACUAUCUCAAAUGACAAGUGGUUAUGAAUUUUUCCUAAAGUUUCGGAAGUCCACAAAUACUUUGGUGCAGAGCUCUGUCAUCACUCCUACGUGUAAAAUUCCAAAAAUAGAGUUGCACGCAUCUCGUUUUGAUUCUGCAAAGCAAGUGAGCAAAGUGGAAGCGCAUUUAGUGACAGAUAUUGUUAAUACAUAUUUUUCACCAUUCAACACGCUCAAGUUCGAAGACAAAGUAGCUUUGUUCAAAAAUUUCUUUUGCUAUUUUUCUCAUACCGAUCGUGCCUAUCAGUCAUACAAGCAGUUCGAGAACGACAACAUCAAUGAUAAGAUUCUGAUGCCCGAUGGUGGAUUCAUCAAACGUACGGAACUUGGAAGAUUCUAUGAAAAUGCGGAAGGUGUCCACACAACUCCUGAAGACGCUGCAAAAAUUUUCCAACCCGUAUUCAAUUACAUCCUGGACGUUAUUGUGGACUACAUGAGACGAAUUCAUAUAAUUGAGACAGAAUAUUUAGCUCUCCUUGGUUUUUGUUUGUGGGAUGAAGCAGUUCCCGGAUUAUCCAAAGAAGCUCGAAGUCUGGCAGUGCAGACACAAUCGCAGUUGCUUGCAGAGUUGCAAAGUUUCUACUCAUCUCAAGGGAAGGAUUCCACAGAAGUUAUUCAACGUGUUGGAACUCUACUGUUGUUGGUUCCAAAACUAACGAAAUGCGUCAUUAUGCUCCGAGAAAACUCGGUACUUGCCGAACUUUUUAACUACUAUGAAGCAGAUGUUUGCUGUAAAAACUUCAAGGAAGAAGCCUCUGUGGAUUUAGAUUGUACUUCAGGGUGCAUCGCACAUUCGACGAAUGAAUGA